AUGGCUGUGCUUCUGCUUCUGAUUAUAAUGAUUCAGAGCGUUAUAGAUGUUGUAAUAAAUGAAAGCAUUUGCUAUGAUACUGGUGAAGCUGCUGCCGCUGUUGCUGAUGCUGAUGGCGAUUAUGGUGAGGGUGACGGUGGUGAGGGCGGUAAUGUUGAUGAUAUACGACAGACAGCAGAAUUGUUGUCGAUCGACAAGCUACCAGAAUAG